CUCUGCUGCUGCUGCGCUCUUCCUCGCUGACGCCGCGCUGUUAGUGCUUCUGUGUGUCUGAUGGGAUUUUGGUUUAAAGUCAUAAUUAAGUGUAAUAUUUCCUGAUGGCGUUAAUUAAGUGUAAUAUUUCCUGAUGGCGUCUAAAGGGAUUUCGGUGAGGUUCGUCUGCGGCUUUGUGCUCGGAGCUACUUCCGGUGUCGCGGCUCUCAAACUCUAUUUGUAUGAAGAGCAGAAAACAGACUCCGUUGUGUGUAAAUCUCCAGGCAGCUCCGCUCCUCGUCUCAUCGAGCGCUUCGGUCUUCCUCAGAGCGGCGCUGAGACCCGGUUCUACAGCAAUCACGCUCUGUCGUACGAUCAGGCGCUGCGGACGCCCCGCUGGGUGGCAGAACACCUGAGCGCUCGGGGAUUACUGGGGCACGCCGACAGAAAACACUGCAGGUUCAGACCCGAUCCCGGCGUUCCCGAGCUCUUCACGGCCCGGAACCAGGAUUACCUGCGCAGCGGCUGGUCUCGCGGACACAUGGCUCCUGCGGGAGACAACAAGAUCUCCGAGCGAGCGAUGGCGGAGACGUUCUAUCUGUCCAACAUCGUCCCGCAGAACUACGAGAACAACGCGGGCUUCUGGAACAGGCUGGAGAUGUACUGUCGAGAUCUGACGCAGAGCUUCAGCCAGCUGUGGGUGGUUUCUGGACCGCUGCUGCUGCCACAGACGCAAGAGAACGGCAGCAGAACCGUCUGCUAUCAGCUGAUCGGGAAGGACGACGUUGCAGUUCCCACUCACCUCUACAAAGUCAUCCUGGCGCAGAAAGACUCUUCUUCAGACUCUCUGGCUCUCGGAGCGUUUGUGGUCCCGAAUGCUCCGAUCGGCUUCGAGCAUCCGCUGACGGAGUUUCAGGUGAGUCUGUCGGAUCUGGAGCGCAUGUCGGGCCUGACGUUCUUCCCUGCGGUGGAGCGACGCGAGCGGCUGAAGAACCUGUGUGAAGUGGACUCCUGUCAGCUCAUGGACUUCAAGCGCUUCACGCUGUACAUCAGCGGCCGUAAGGUCACGAGCGCCAGGAGCCUCGCGCGGCUGGAGAAGAUCAUGACCGAGCUGAAAGAUGCAGGCAUCACACCUGACGACUACCUGAGCAACCUUUACCUGGAGAAGAAACGAGAACUAGAAGAGAAGGAGGAACGUGAGAAGAAACCAGACCCAUGAGAGUGUUGAGUUUUAUAGUUGUCCUUCAUGGCAUCGCAGUAUUUUAGCGGGUUUGUUUACUUUUUAUUGUUAUUGUUGUUUAAGCAUUCGUUAAACAUUCAUCAGUGGAACCAGCCACAGAAUCAGAGUGUUUGAAAGUUACUUGAAAUAUUUGGUUACUCAGUGUUAUUUUCACAUCUGAUCACUAAUAAAGUCUUGUGUUUCUCA